AUGAGUGCCUUGCUACUGCGUUGGCUGAAUGACGAUCUCAAAUUACAACGCAAAGUGGAGGUGCUGGAGCGGGAUGUCAGUAAUGGCUACAUCAUCGCCGAGGUGCUGCAUCUCCAAGGUCUGGAGCCCAAGUUGGAGCAGUAUGAUAACUCCUCGACCACAGCAGCCAAGAUCCACAACAUGGAACUUUUAGGAGAAAGAUUCGAGGCUCUGGGCAUUCCGUUCUCCGUGAACACGCGUCGUGCCAUCAUGAUGGAGAACCGCUCUGCGGUGCUUCAGUUUCUGCUGCAACUCAAGGAUUUCCUUGGUCGACGAUCCAACAGAAGACCCGAGAGUGCACGAGCCAAAGUCAUCCCAUCCGACCAAGCGACAAAAACCGCAGCAGCUAUUAAGUCGAAUCUUCCUCCACAUGAUGUGGAAGAGCGCUUCUUAAUGGAUACAAUGAAGAAAUAUCAACCGAAAGACAUUCGCUUCUAUAAGGACAUCGACAUGGCCGUACACCUGCGCAAGUUCCAACAAGCUCAAUGGCAAGCAGAGAACGAGCACGACAGACUUAACCAACAGAUCAAAGUUGACAAGAACGCCAAUGCAGCCACAGGAUACGCCGCUACUCGAGCUCACUUGCAAGAAAAGGCGCAGUUUUUGCGUGAAUGGGAUCGUGAACAUCUCGAGAAAUGGAAGCACACACAACGACUCUUCUUGUCUACAGAGCGUGAUGAUUUGCGCCUUGAAUUGACCUUGGAGGCUCGAAGACAAAUCUAUGCCGAGGAAAAACUGGCUGAGACUCAACAAGAUGGCGUUGAUGGUGUUGUGGAUUUCAAGAAGAACAUGAAUAGACUGGGACUUGCAUCCAGCGGCACAGAUCUAUCGCUCCGCGCGAUUCCAGCAAAUGAUGAGGGUGCACGUGCUCACUUUCACGGGCUCGAGAAACGAGUCGAAGAUCUCGAUUUUCGGCCUUCCAACAACGUCAAAAUGAUGAAAGAGCUACGUAAGCGGCGAAAAGCGCAGUUAGCCGCGGAGAAAGACCGACGCAUGAGGCGACAGAAGGCAUUGGCAGAUCAGAAAAAGUCAAUUGAAGCUCACGAAAGGGGACAACUAAAUGAUGAUCAAGACGAUUUCCAAGACCCUGAGGCCUCGAAUUCGACUGCGCUACCAGAAAAAAACGGGGAAGUGGAGUCAAUUGUGAAUCCACGCGAGAAAUAUCUUGAUGAGAAACGUGAAGAGCUGGAGGAAAAUUACGCUCGGCUACGGGAGUCUGGAAGUAUGAGAAGAGAAGAAGACAUGAAAGUGCUGGACGGACUUCGCACCACGAAACGUGAAAAGGAAUACCUACGCGCAUGCGACGUGUGCUCUGAUGCAGUUGAUGACUUGAUCUCAUUAGCAUUCGCUAUUGUCUCGGUCAGCGACAGAGAUAUGGUGGAUAUAGAACCACUGAAAAGGGAAACAUUUUUUCCAGGCAAAUCGUCACGACCCACUUGUUCUGAUCAAGGCGGCGAAGAAAUGCGUUAUGAGCUUGAUGUGUCCAUCCAGAACUUCUUGUGUUGCUCAGAAGUGUGGGCCACGCUUCCGCUCCAGUCCAGAUUCUCCACAUACGACGUAAAAUCUGACAUCCAAGCUUUGGGUGAAGGCUGGGCCAAUCCGACUGUAGCUUUGGACACGUCUUGGUGUCGCCCUCUCUCUUUCAUUUUGCUGAGCGUCUUUACAGAGGAUGAAAGCGGAAGUGAACUCGCGCAACGGGUUGCAACGGAGCACCAUCUGACUUUCCUGCAGCUCGAUGCUCUUGCGGACGAGUGUGUGAAAACGAGUUACGAACCUCAAAAGCUCGGAGAUCAAGUAGCAUCGCUCUGUGACCGCGAGAGAGAACUUGGCGUAUUCGGUCCAAAGAUCACAGCUCUUAGGCUGAAGAAUGCGCCACUACCCGACAGUCUUGCUGUAGAAAUCAUUGCGAAAGCUGUAUCACUGUGUCGAAGAGAAGCUUCGGAAUCUCCACUAGAUGAUACACUAAGCAGUGCACUAAGUGGAUGCAUGCUACACAAUUAUCCAAGGUGA